AUGAACCAGGGUAUGAAGCCCAAGUUUCUGUUCCUUGCUGAUCUCCAUGUUUACAUUCUGUCCUUCCUUCCUUACCAAGAUAUCCUUCGAUGUACAUCCGUAUGUAGAGACCUUUGCCAGACGUACCUGUCAUCUUCUGAGCUCCAAUAUAUUGUUGAACUCAGUGGUCAACAACUGCUUCCUGUUGAUCUCCCUCUCGAUAGCCACACUCCUACUAUCUCAGAGUAUCUACAACUCCUGAGGGACAAAGCUCAUGCAUGGUUCAAGUUGAACACUCAACCUGUUGAACACGUCGAUGUCUCAAACAAGUACAUUAUGAAACUUACAUUCAUGUCAAAUGGGCAUUUCUGCCUCAUGGAUGACCCAACCCUGCAACAUCAUGACUAUCUACGGGGUCCGACCAUCUCCAAGAUCUUUCCAAUACUACAAGAGCCCUCACAGCGAGUGUUUGACUGUGUAUGGCAUUCAGAUACACUGUCCUCAGUUCCAAAUGCACAACUAAAUGAUAUUCUCAUGGACCUGACACAAAAUCUGCUCGCUGCUGCAUACCACAUUCUUGAUGGGCCGGAUGUCCAUAUCGACAUUUUACCUUUGGAUGGAGGUGGUGCUCACCCCCAAGCUGCUGGAACUAUGCUGUUUAUGUUACCAGAGCUGCGUGGACCUGUCAUAUCCCGUAUUCCGGACCUACAUCCGACAAUAUUCCCACGCCUCAUCCGGACCUUCGGACACCCUAUUCAUGUCUCCAGUCCUCUAUCCAUCCGGAUCCCUGCACCCCUGCACAUCCACAUCCACAUCCACAUACAUUUACCUCCAUACCUCAAUCCACGUGUCUCAUCCGGAUGUCCGGUCCGGUCCGGUCCGAUCCGAUCCGAUAUACGAUAA